AACCAAAUACCCCCUACUGGCAAUCAAAUGCCCCCUACUGGCAAUCAAAUGCCCCCUACUGGCAACCAUAUGCCCCCUUCAAACAACCAAAUGGGCCCCUCAGGCAACCAAAUGCCCCCUAGUGGCAAUCCGCCUCCACAUAUGCCAGGGCAAAAUCAGAUGUAUGGUGGUGGUAUGAAUAGGCAUACACCCAAUAACUAUCAGAACAAUAUGAACACAAACUCUAUGGGGGCAUCAGGAGGAAGUAUGCCCCCUAAUGGUACCCCUAACAUACCCCCCUCAAGUAUACCUAAUGCUGUGCCCAAUAGUGCAACACCUACCGGUGCACCAACUAGUGGUGGAACCCCAAACUCCACAAACAAUAUGCCGCAAUAUGGACAAUAUAAUAGUCAGACAGGACCCCCCAAUCAGAAUGCAGCGAGCGCUUCAAAUUCUCUGAACUCUCUACCUAGUCCCGGGAGCUCUCCAGUAUCCAAUGCUAGCUCAGGUACAGGAAUAAAAGGGGCACAGGCAGCAGCCCAAGCUGCAAUGAUAGCUGCAGCUAGCUCUGCUCAACGGGCUAGCAUGGCCAACCGUUUUCCAGGUAGUCCACAACAGCAAAGGAUGCCAGCUCCUGGAUUUAUGGCAGGUAGCCCUCCUCAAAUGAACAGUAUGAGCCCCUUGAACAAUAUGGAGGGAAUGAGGCCUGGCGGACCAAGUCCAGGGCCCAGAGAGAAUUCCAAUGGAUCCACAGGCAGCCAAAGUCUACCCCCUAAUCAGGUUGCCCCCGCCAGCUUCUCAUCUGUGGUGAACAGUUCUAGUCAGUCUGGUGGGAAGGGGGAUGUGAAGCCUGGUAGCUUGCCAAACAUUAGUGCCAUGAGUGGCGAUAUGAAACCCACAGCCAAAGUUGAAGCCAGUGCCACAAAUACAGACACCUCAACUGCUGUGACACAAAGUAUGACAUACCCAGUGACAACAACAAACUCCAUGGAAACCAGCUCAGUUCACAACAAUGCCAUGGAGACUGUUUCACCUGCACCAAUCACAACAGAGGAGAACAAAGCUAUGAUGAGGGAUGACAAAUCCAGACAAGAUGCUACCUCGAUGCCUCCUAACCCUGUUGGUAUGAUGCCUAUAGUGCCCCCAUCCCCCAGUGGAAAUAGUAUGUCCUCUUUCCCUGCCCCCUCUCCCAGUGGCAAUAGCAUGUCGUCCUUCCCCGGAGAUGAAAUGGAAAAUAUAAGCAGUCCAAGCUGGCCUGGCACGCCUAAACCUGGUCUACCUGAACAAAGUCACAAGCUGUAUGAUAUGGGUACUGAAAAAGAGAGACGUCCAUUCUUGGAUAAACUUUUACAACAUAUGGAAGAGAAGGGAUCCCCCAUAGGGAACCUACCCCAGAUCAGUAAACAACCUCUAGAUAUCUUCAAGCUUUAUUACCAAGUCAGAGAGAGGGGAGGACUCAUUGAUGUGACAAAGAAUAAGAAAUGGAAAGAAACUGGUAUUGCAAUGGGCCUGAAUGCAUCAGCAAGUGUUGCGAACUCACUGAGGAAAAGUUACGUGAGAUUUCUGCUGUCAUACGAGGCCAGGUUCGACCGUGGCUGUAUGGACCCUGCCAUCCUCAUGUCACAACUAGACACCCUGAUCACUAAGAAGGAGAAGAAAUCAACUGCCAAUAAGCAGCAAUCCCAUAAUCAACACCCUCAAGAUGGUUACCGCCAAGGUGGGCGAGGCAUGGCAGGGGAUAUGUAUGCUCAACGUCCUAAUAUGGGCAACAACAUGGGUCCACCUGGGAUGAUGCCAAAUAUGGGCAUGGGACAAGGCAAUAUGUACAACAACAUGGGUCCUAACUCUAACAUGAUGCCCUAUGGCAAUUCUAUGUCUAUGAAUGGACCCAGUAUGGGAAUGGGAAUGAAUCCCAAUCAAAUGAUGCAGAACCCCAACAUGGGACCUGGACCUAAUAUGGGACAUGCACCUAACAUGGGCCAUGCACCAAAUAUGGGACAUGGACCAAAUAUGGUUCCAGGGCCAAAUAUGGGACAUGGGGGAAACAUGACAUCUGUACCUAAUAUGGCUGCUGGCAUGGGACCAGGGUCUAGUAUGGGCCCCUCAAACGCUAUGGGUUCUUCAAACGCUAUGGGCCCAAAUGCCAACAUGGGUCCUGGAAUGGGUCCAAACAGCAGUAUGGGACCUAAUGCCGGCAUGGGUCCCAAUUCAAAUAUGCCUCCAAGUAGUAGUAUGGGUCCCAAUACUUCGAUGGGCCCUAGUCCAGGAAUGGGUCCUAAUGGCAGUAUGGGUCCUAAUGGCAGUAUGGUUCCUAACUCCUCUAUGGGUCCCAACUCUUCAAUGGGCCCAAACUCAUCAAUGGGCCCAAACUCUUCAAUGGGUCCUAACUCUUCAAUGGGACAGAGUGCAAACAUCGGACCUACGACCAGCAUGAGUUCCAACACAAGUUUGAGUAACACCAACACAGUUCCAGUUAACAGCAUGGCUCAAAACAUGACUCCUAAUAUGGGCAUGGGGACAAAUACAUCAAUGGGUCAACCCAACCAGCCAGGAAACCAGCCAGCACCUGGUGACAGUGUCACAUUAUCUGAUCCUUUCUCCGAUGAUGCAUCCUCCAUGUCCAGCACAGGUGGUAGCCAAGGCCAAUUUGGAAAGAGUUCCCCCAUGCAGAGUUCUCCAAUGCCACCUUAUGGUCCACAGCAGACUCCUAGCAGUCAGCCCAUGCCAAGUCAGCCUCCUAUUCGCCCAUCUGUUGCCAGCACCAACAGUGUUCCUAGUGAUACACAGAGUAUGCCAGGCAUGUAUGGAAAUAGGCCCAUGAACCAGCCACCAACAUCAUACAGUUCAAGCCAAAUGGCUGCUGUUCCUCCCAACCAAUCAGGCCCCACGGAUCAGAUGUAUGGCAACAAUCGCUUUGGCAACCAAAUGCCACCCCAUCCCCAGGGUCCCUCAGACCAACCAGGAGCUCCAGGGUACCAACAGCAGGCAGGGGGUCAGUAUGGGCCUCAACAAGGGAUGUAUGGCAACAAGUUCACCCCCCAAAAGCGCCCUUAUCCAGAUGCUUUUAACCAAGGGUACAAUCAGAACAACAUGGGUGGUGGGUACUCUACCCAAGGGGGUUAUGGGAACUCCCCGUAUCCUUCGCAGCAAGGCAUGAUGGGAGGACCCGACAUGCCUUCCUCAGGACACACUGGACAAUCAACAGAACCGGUUGAUGACUUCGAGUUUGCCUAUCCACAGGCACCACCUUUACGCUCAUACAGAAAAUCAAUGGAAACAACCAACGAUAUGUUCACUCCUAAUAUGGAAGUGGGUAGCAUGAACUCUUCUAUGAUUGGUCAGAAUAGUGCAUUGUUAUAUGACGAUGAUUUCACAGAUAACCCCCAGGGAAGCCCAAGUGCCUGGAUGGCAAUGCAGCAAAGAUAUGGUGCUAAUCGACCGCCAGGGUUCAACCAACAGGGCAUGGCUCAGCAGAAUUCACCGUUCAUGAACCGCUACAACCAGAGCAGUGGCCCACGUAUGCCUAGUACUCCAAGAGACAAACAGUAUUUCUCACCUAAUAAAUUCCAGCAGCGACAAAUCCAGGGUGGCAAUCAGUACCCUCCCAAGCGAGAGAUAACCUUCCCCCAAGACAGCAUUGAAGCAACGCAGCCAUUACUGAACAAACGACGCAAAUAUGCCACCAAAGAUAUAGCACCCAUUGAAGCAUGGAAGUUAAUACUUGCCUUGAAGUCUGGUUUACUGAGUCAGAGCACAUGGGCCUUGGACACGCUCUCUAUUCUUCUCCAUGACGAUGCCAGUAUCGUCUACUUCAACCUACGUAAUCUUCCUGGCCUAAUUGAUGUGCUAUUAGAACACUUCCGUGCCUGUCUAAUAGAAAUAUUCAAAGACUCUUUCCAAGAUAUGGAAAUUGGAUGUGAGCGAAUUCCAGAGUUAGAGAAAUGUGAUACUGGAAAUGAUGACAAGUCAAAAUUACGGACAAUCUUUGAUGACAGUAAAAAUGAAGAUCUCUACCAUUCUGGAAAUUAUACAAUGAUUUCACGAAGUGGAAAAGACGUUAAGUUUGAGGAGCAAGAUCAGUGUGAUUUGAUCGAUGCCAAGGACUGGGAUAUUUACUGCAAUUUUGAAAGUGAUCGUCAAACAUUCAUGUUUGGAAAAUCGGAUAUGACGAAACACAUAGUGUCACAUUUAGAAUGUCAAAAUAAUCCAGAAAAAAUGAAAUCGUUUUUCUUGGGACCUCAAAAGUUCAAAUUGAAAAGUGAGAAAGAUGAUGAUAACGACUCUAUUGAAAGUGAUAAGGAAAACAGUGUGGCUAAUGCUAUGAAACAAGAAAAUGUGGAUGAAUGUGAACUUGAAAAGCCAUGCUUAAGUAAAGAGAGUUGUACAAGUUGCAGUGUAAUAAUCAAAUCUGAACCAAUGGAUACUUCUGAAAGUGCAAACCCUGAGUGCUGCUUAAAAUCAAACAAUCCAUCACAAGCAGACCAGGAAUCUGAGGCAAUACAAUCGAGUAACGUUGAACAAAAAUCCCACUCAAAUGACACUGAACAAAAAGCUGAUAGUGCAAGUGAACAAGUAAAGCCAGAUAAUAAUAUUGGACAUGUAGACAAUACGCAAUCUAGUGGGUGCAAUGAAGACUUACUCCUUACUUGCAAGAAAAAAUAUGAAGGCUUUCAAGAGGAGGCUUACACACGGGACGAACCUCCUUUUCAUAUGAUCUCCGAUUCUCAAGAAGAACUGUCGCGGCGAUGCAUCUGUGUCUCCAACAUAUUCCGUAGCCUGUCAUUUAUUCCAGAAAAUGAUAAGGUGCUGUCACAGCACCCUGGAUUCGUGACAUUAUUUGGUAAGCUCUUGUUACUGAAUCAUUACCAUCCAAAGAAAGUGAAGCCUGAGCGUAAGGAGGAUGCAGACUUAGAAGACGUAGACGUGCAACAUGGAAAGUCGGAAUGGUGGUGGGACACCUUACACACUCUCCGCGAAAAUACACUAGUGAUCUUCUCCAAUAUUGGUGGACAUUUAGAGCUUGGAAGCUAUCCCGAGGAAAUCUGUUUGCCUGUAUUGAAUGGCUUACUUCAUUGGUCAGUGUGUCCUUCCACAUAUGCCCAGGACCCACUUCCCACCCUACCCGCCCACUCCCCUCUGUCCCCACGAAGACUUGUGCUUGAAGCCCUCUCAAAGAUGAGUAUACACGAACUCAAUGUGGACUUACUUCUAGCAACACCACCUUUUAGCAGAAUCAUUGAGUUACUCAGCAUUCUUGUUAAAAUGCUAGCUGAUAAACGUGAGCAAGUGUGUCGAGAGUUUGCUCUUGUGUUGAUCAGUGGUCUUGUUCAAGGUGACGAAAGUGCAGCAGCUGCCCUUGCUAUACAGCCACUUAGUAUCUCAUUGCUCAUUGACUUCCUAGAAAUGGCUGAGCAUAAUGCCAUGCAGCUAGCGAACAGCCAGGGGGUUAGAGUCCUCCGUGAGAACCCUGAGAUGAUGGGGACCACGCUAGAGAUGCUCCGUAGGGCUGCUUUCACAUUGCUAGCCCUAGCUAAAGUCCCGGACAACCAACCAUUGUUCAUCAAAUUCCAGCCUCGUCUUCUACAGUUGGUCAUGUCUCAGAUCCUGGAUCAACAAGUGGCACAAGUUUUAUCAGACACUCUUUAUCACUGCUCUGCUACUGAUAUCAUAGACCCCAAUGGCAACAAGACUGAAUCUGUUUUUGUUAAAAAGAAAAACUCUGCAAAUAGUAGCGUCUCAAAAGAUGCAGUUGUUAACACAAAAGAGUCUGAUGGUGAUCCAACUGAGCUCAGUACUGAGACUAGAACUAACACUGUAAAUGAUACAUCUGACUCAGUUAGUGACACAACCAGUCCUGUUGGUAGCAUAAAAGACUCAGUUAGUAACACAACUGACCCAGUUAAUAACAAAUCUGACAUUAGUUCCACGUAGUAAUGUAAUCUCGCCAAAUAUGGGCAUAAAGCAUUAAUGUACAAACCAAAUAUCAUAUUCCUCAAAGUUGCUAAGGCAAACUACUCAAGCAACAGGUAGCAUUUUAUAAAAUUAGUUCGUAAAAUGUUGCUCGAGUAAUCUGCUCUGGAAGUAAUAUAACUGCUUUGAAAUAGAUGGAAAAUGUGCAUAUAUAUUGGGAGAAUCUUCCAAUGUGUUCUAUUGUAAAAAUAUAGCGGCAUCUAGCAGUCCUACAACUGGAGGAGCAUAGCUGAUACAAAUCUCCAGAUAAUGUCUUGUAUAAAGUAAUUGAAUUGAAAAAUAUUUUUGUAAAGCCAUGUGAUGUUUAGUAAAUCUGAGUUAAUUACUUUGUAUUUAAUAUUUAUAAUGUAGUUACAAUUAUAUAUAAAUCACAGGUGCUUAACUGAUAAUAAUUCACUUGUACCGACCUGGAAUAGUUUCAAAUGUUGGCCAUUUGUUUGGAAAUGUUGUAUCAUUGUAAGAAAUUGGCAAUUUGGAAUCGUUGUUUGGUUGAACCAGGCAAAACAAUAGUUGAGGAGUUAAAAUGUAGUUUGUUCUGGUGAAAUGUUGUAUGUACCAACUUUGCUCAUUUAUGUUCAUGAAGACAAUGAUAUUCAUUGUUCACUGAAAUGCAUAAAAACAAAAUGAAAUGUUUAUUUGAAUUGUCAAUGUUAUUAGCUUGAACUUUGUCUUAAUUCAAAGUAUCAAAACAUUCUGAGAUUGGGUAAUCUUUAUAUUGCACGCUUUUGUAUUGUAUUCUAUUGUACACACCUUUGUUGCAAUAUUAUAAAAUGUAGGUAUCCAUGGCGUGCAAAAUAAAGAGAUCAUAAUAAGUCAAUUGAAAACCUUUUCAUGAGUUACUAGUGGUUAACUAGUGAAUACAUGUUACUUAAGAUAUGUUGUCAUGACAAAAGUUAUAUUGCCUUUACUGGGCAACAUGAAGUUGCUUUAAAAUGUACUGUAGUAUAUAUGGCAUUACAUAGUAUGUGUAUAUCUAUUCUUUAUACUUGUCCAAUGUUGAAAUGUACAUAAAUUGAUAUGAUUAUACAAA